AUGAAUUCGCCCAGAUCUACGGCAGCACUCAAGCAAGCUGUUCCGCUAGCGGCGAACGUUUUCAGAAAUGAGUUAUCGAAGCUGCCACCAGUGGUGAUUGUCCAUGGUCUCUUCGGCUCGAGUCAGAACUGGAAGACUGUCAGUAAGGAGCUUGCGAAGGACCGUGAAGUGCACGCUGUCGGAUAUCUUAUUUUUGACAUUCUUUCCUUUCAGGGCGGUAAGACAGCGAUGGUGACAGCCUUGAAUCACAAGGAAUUAGUGCGCAAAGUCAUCGUGGUGGAUAUCUCUCCUGUAAGCUACAGGGGAUCACAGACUGAGAUGGUGUCGUACGCAAAGGCGUUAGCGGAUCUCGAUUUGAAAUCGAUCAAUAGCCGAAAAGAGGCAUACGACGCACUUAAAGUCGACAUCCCGGACGACGAUCACCUACAGUUCAUGAUCACAAACUUAGUUAAAACAGGCGACAAGGAGUUCAAAUGGCGACUCAAUGUAAACAUCCUCCCGUCACUCAUUCCGAGCUUUGCCAAAUUCCCCGAGACGGUUAAGAACAAACCGUUCGACGGCCUCACCCUCUUCCUGCACGGAAACAAGUCUCGUUACUAUCAGCCGCGGUUCCUGCCCGAGAUUGAGGCGCUAUUCUCCAACUAUGAGAUCAAAGGAUUGGACGCUGGUCACUGGGUGCACGCAGACGCCCCUGAGGCAUUCUUAGUCGAAGCAAAGCGUUUCCUAGAUUAAAUAAAUGUAUCGCUCUAUAGCACAGUUCGGGGUGUACAUAUGUAUUUCAGCUGUUUUGGGACUUACCAUAGCGAAAGUACGGAUUCUUGUUAACUAAUCGAGUGCUAUAAACAACGUGUACACUUAUCUAUGUAGACUACAGAUGGAGAGACCUACACUAAUCGCUGGCGGAGUGUUCUUGCUGAGACUUAGCAGAUAGGAAACAAAACUAUGACGCUGCAGUAUACUAUAACAAGCAUACAUGUCUGAUACUAGCAACGCGU